AUGCGUUCGAGGAGUAAACUAUGCUCUUAUCCAAGUCCAAAGGACGGUUCUACCGCCAUUAUCUCUACGCAAGUUGGUUCUAGAGAUGAUGAGACUACUAGAAAGUCCCCUCCAAACUUACCGAACGGCAAAGAGGAGGGGCAAAGUUCAGAAGAAACCGAGUCAACUCGUCGUGAGGUGUGGCAUUCAGGCGCGUUGGGAUCGGUUUUGGUCUCUAUCCCUCCCGGUAGCAGGCUUGAUUUCGAUGCCACGUCCUGUCUGCCGGGGAGCGGUACUCCUCUGCGUGAUAGCGGACGGUCGAGUACUGGAGACCUUCACUCACAUCCCAACCUCCCCACGUGUUUAGACAGUUAUCCAAUAAGAGGCAUGGUAGUCAAAAAACGCUACAUAUCUCCCACUCAUUGGAUGUUCUCAUUGACAUUGUCACCACAUGCAUUAGAUUGGCUUGAUGAACAGAUGAGAAAACAAGGGAAGAUAUGGCAAGAAAUGAUGACUUGCAAAUUGCUAGCAAGGUCUAUCAAAGCUAAACGACUCCUCUCGUGGACUCCGGGCCGUUAUGGGACGUAUUUACCAGCCAAGGGAAUAGCAGACGCUCUAUUUGGUGCGUAUCUACGCACUUUCGAGACGAUAUAUCGAAUCAUUCACAUCCCUACUACUAAGCGUAUUUAUGAUACCCUAUGGGAAAGUCCCGGCCUAGCGAGCCCGGCGCAGGUGGUUUUAUUACAGCUUUGUUUUGCUGUCGGCGCUUGCUUCUACGACGACGUCUUCUCACUUCGGCCUCACGCGCAUCAAUGGAUACGCGAGGCCGAAAACUGGCUUGAAUCUCCGGGGAAACUUCGAAUGACGGUAUUUGAUAUUCAAAUAAUGUGUCUCUUGCAUCUGGCUCGGCAGACGGCCCAAUUCCUUCGAGAAAACCAAGUCUGGGCCUUUUCUGGCGCCUUAGUUCGGGCCGCAAUGUCUGUCGGUUUACAUCGCGAUCCAACGAGAUUACCAACAAUGCCCGUUUUUGAAGUUGAAAUGCGACGGCGCCUAUGGACAACAAUUAUCGAGCUGGUUUUAGAAUCUAGCGUAGAUGCUGCGGGACCUCCGAUGUUCUCGUCUGAUGACUAUGACUGUUCUUUACCCCUAAACCUGAACGAUGCUGAGCUAGGAGAUCUCGGCGAAGAUAGCAAACCCACCUCCCAUGAUAUGGCCGAACUUACCGACUCCUCACUUCAAAUAUGCUUAGGCCAGACCUUUGCUAUGCGACUCUCGGUUGCGAAAUAUUCGAACGGUAUAAAGGUUGAUAGCUCCUAUCGUGAGACAUUAAGAAUUGGCUCGGGUUUGAUGACUGAAUACCGAUCUUUAAUGAAAUACCUACAUGCUUUGAAUCCGCAACCUACAACGUUCCAAAUGCGAUACUUCGAAUUAAUAUUCAGCCGUUAUAUAUUUUCUCUUCAUUUGCAUUAUCUUCCCCGUGCUCUAAAAGACCCUGCACAGUUCCACUUCUCACGAACCAUCUGUAUUGACACCGCUUUAAGAUUGACACACUCAUUCUUUCCGCUCUCGUCCUCGCGUCAUGACCCUGUUCUAAUAGCGAUGCAUAACAUACUCCCUUUCGAGAGCUACUGCUGCGACUAUGAGCGUCUGCUUAUCUGCGGCUCGGCCCUAUUUAGGUCUGUGCCCUGGCAGGCCGUCAUGAUCAUUGCCGUGGAGCUAGCCGCGACGCUGCACGAAGCACAUGAUACAUCUCCGUGGACUGGUGUAGUCUCCUUCAAACAAAAACAAAAUGGGAGCAAAUUUCGCAAUAUCGAGCUGCUGACGUGGCUCCGAGAAGGAACUAAAUGGACGAAACAACGCAUCCAAGCUGGUCAUCAUAAUGUUAAAGAUAUCGUCUAUAUAACCGUGUUACUUGCUGGAAUCGAAGCCGCAAUGGAAGGCAUCCCGCCUGAACCAGCCAUGGAUGCUAAAGGGAGGGUAGCCUUAGCCGAGGCUAAGUCUAUUCUCGGGGUGAUGGCUGGUACGGAGACCACUACCUGGGACACCCUUCCAAACUUAGGCGAUGAGGGGCUUGGUGAAGUCAACGAAUUUUGGUCCAUGGGAUUUUCUGGUAUGGAGUGGGACGGUUUCUUUUGA